UUUUUAAUAUGUUCUUCAUCCAUUUGUGCUCUGUUUUCUUUAUAUGUUUUGAUCCUACUUCACUUGUGUGGGUGUGUAAAACCAAUCAGACCAUUCCACCUUAAAUUCCAUUCUUCCAAUAUGCAUCCAAUUCGAAUUUACAACGCCAUGAAGAAAGUUUUCUCAGAGAAGCUUUAAUCAGUUGAUUGAGGGGGAAAGGUGACAUCUUGGAUCAAUGGGUGCUUAUGGUUUUGCUGUUUUCUGCUUGAAUUUAAAGAUGCUUGUGGGGGCUUUCUUCAUCUUGGCUGUUCGUACUGAAGAUGGGACUAAUCCGCAAGAUGGAUAUCCUAAUCUACCAGGAUGGAUCCCAAAUAGCAGUCCAUGCAGUGGAGGUUGGCAAGGUGUUUCCUGUGAUCUCUCAGACAUAGUUUCAAUAAUAAUCAAUGGUGCAAAUUUGGGUGGUGAAUUGGGCACUGAGUUAGGAUCAUUUUCCUCUAUCAAAAUAAUAGAUCUAAGUAACAACCACAUUGGAGGCGCAAUUCCAUCCAAGCUACCCCUCACAUUAGAAAAGUUGUUUCUAUCAGAUAACAAUUUUACCGGAAACAUUCCUGAUUCCUUAUCUUCACUGCACAACCUCUCAGCUAUGUCUCUAAAUAACAACCAUUUAAGCGGAAAAAUUCCUGAUUCCUUUGAAGGCCUCGUCCAUUUGGUCAACCUAGAUUUGUUCAGCAAUAAUUUGAGUGGGAGAUUACCACCAUCACUUGGGAACCUUUCAUUGGUGACUCUUCAUUUGCAGAAUAAUCAGCUUUCUGGAACUCUGGAUGUUAUACAAGAUCUUCCACUUACAGAAUUAAAUAUAGAAAAUAACCAGUUUUCUGGUCCCAUACCUCAGAAGCUCUUGGCCAUUCCAAAUUUCAUGAAAGAUGGGAACCCCCUCAACGGUAGUAUUGCUCCUUCGCCUCCACCAACACCCUCCAUACCACCUUCUGCAUCUCCACCAACGCCCUCCAAACCACCUUCUGCAGCACCACACUUUAUUGUGGCUCCCAUGUCUGCACCAACCCUACCAAACACUGCAAGAGGGCCGGGAGUACAGACUUACGGACAAUCACCAGCUGAAGGUCCAAUGUCAAAGAAAAACAAGAACUCAGGAUCCACUAAAAGGAUAGUUUGGAUUUCAAUUGUGACUAUAAUAUCAUGUAUAGUAUUGGUUUUAGCUGCCUUGCUUUGUUUGCCGAAGCGCCUUUGGGAAAGGAAAGGUACACACAAAAUUCGUGUGCAAAAAGCUCUUGAAGCGGUAGAAUUAAACGAGAAGUACAUAAGCUCGUUGGCUUCCCCUGUGAAGCCAUAUACUCCGGUGCUGGAUGUACUUAAGCCAAUUCCAAGGGGAAGCCAUGAGACAACCAUGAGCAUAUAUGAUAAUGAUGGGAUACCACCACCACCGCCUCCUCCCAUACCACAACCACUCAAAGAGGUUACAGGUGCACAACAAACCAUAGUAAAGCAUUCAAUGACACAACUACCGCCAUUGUACUCAGUUGCAGAUCUUCAGCAAUAUACCAAUAGUUUUUCUGAAGAUAAUGUUAUUGGAGAGGGAACACUGGGAAAAGUGUUUAAGGCAGAGCUUCCUGAUGGCAGACAUCUUGCUGUGAAGACACUUGAUAAGAGAGUCCGUGGUAGGCAAAGUGAUGAAGAAUUUCUGGCUCUUGUAAGCAACAUUGAUAGAAUUCGCCAUGAUAAUGUUGUCCAGCUCGACGGAUACUGUGCAGAGUAUGGCGAAAGACUGCUGGUCUAUGAGUAUUGCAGGGAAGGUACAUUGCACAAUGCACUCCACACACCCGAUAAAGAGCUUUCAUGGAAUAUGCGCAUCAAUUUGGCCCUUGGAGCCGCUAAGGCCUUGGAGUACCUACAUGAGACAUGUGACCCACCAGUUGUUCAUAGAAACUUCAAGUCUUCAAAUAUUCUCCUUGAUCAUAAUGAUGAUGGUGAUCUUGUUGUUCACAUCUCUGAUUGUGGGUUGGCUCCAUUGAUGUCAUCAGGAGAUGUCAGUCAGUUAUCAGGACAACUUCUUACAACAUAUGGGUACAGUGCCCCUGAAUGUGAGUCAGGGAUUUAUACCUUAGAGAGUGACGUGUACAGUUUUGGAGUUGUAAUGUUAGAGCUUUUGACUGGCAGAUUGCCAUAUGACAGGAGUCUAGGUGGUGGGGAGCAGUCCUUGGUGCGAUGGGCAUACCCUCAGCUUUGUGAUAUGAAUGCCUUGAAAAUGAUGGUUGAUCCUUCCCUUAAGGGAGACUACCCUGUCAAAUCACUCUCAAAGUUUGCGGACAUCAUCUCUUGCUGCAUGCAGGAGGCGCCUGGGUUCAGGCCUCAAAUGUCUCUUGUUGUAUCUGACAUCAUCCAAAUGAGGAAAGCUAUGGAGAGUGAAGCUCUGAUGGAGAGUGAAGCUCUAGACAGAUCCCAUGAUGAGGACUUAAUUCUAAGAGCCGAAAGAUUAAAGGCCAGGACAUUGGAUGACUUGAACCGUCAUAACAUGUCAACCAUAGCUUGACACAAACCAAUGUUUCAGUAUUUUACCAAACAAACAUGACAUGGUAAAUGACUGACCAAACACCAAGCAUAUAUUAUAAUAUUAAGACGGUGCAUUAAGGUACAUAUAUACGUAUAUACUCGACGACUAUAGUUUAAGAUCAUAAUUUGACAAGUUUGAACAUGGGACCUUUCAC